UGAGCAUGUCAAAAAUAUACUGUACCUAUGGUAUAAAUAAUAACAGAAAGAGAGAUAGAAAAACUGAAGCUGUGCUAUAAAGUAUAUCUGACUUCAAUUUUCAUGUAUUUCUAAUAUAGGCCUGACUGAAGAAGAGGAUCUUGCCAUGUCCAGUGAUGUUAACAGGGAGGCCGUAUUCCAGGCGACAAAGGUUCGAACCCAUUUGAAACAAGAUGGAAGCUGGAUCAACAGAUCUCAAAAUGUUGAGGACACACAGUCAGAUGUAAAAGCACGUAAACCAGUAAAGCUAGGAAAACUUAAAAAUGUGUCAUCACCUGAGAGCAGUUCGGUCUCUUCCUCCAUCAUGCCAUGUGCAGAGAGUACCGCCGCCACCUCCUCCAGCCUGGACUCGUCCACACCCCCUCAAAGCUCUUCUGUCAUGUCAGCCUUAAGGAAGUUUGAUGCACAUCCUGUCCUUGAGGACUCCAGGAGAGCACAUGUAGAGAAAGCAGUGGAGCCAUCCAUAGUCAAAGCCACAGAGCAACCACUGAAGACACCAGCAGAUGCUUCUGUAAAGGACAUAGUGGAAAAAACAAUCGCCAUACCUGCAGAGGAACCAUUGAAGACACAUGCAGAUGUUUCUGUAAAGGACAUAAUGGAGAAACCUAUAGAGAAACCUAUAGAGGAACCAUUGAAGACGCAUGCAGACACUCCUAAAUUGGAUGUAGUGGAGAAACCUAUAGUUAAACCUAUAGAGGAACCAUUGAAGACGCAUGCAGACGCUCCUAAAUUGGAUGUAGUGGAGAAAACUAUAGUUAAACCUAUAGAGGAACCAUUGAAGACGCAUGCAGGCGCUCCUAAAUUGGAUGUAGUGGAGAAAACUAUAGUUAAACCUGUAGAGGUACCAUUGAAGACACAUGCAGACAUUCCUAAAACGGAUGUAGUGGAGAAACCUAUAGAGGAACCAUUGAAGACACAUGCAGAUGUUUCUGUAAAGGACAUAAUGGAGAAACCUAUAGCUAAACCUGUAGAGGAACCGAUGAAGACGCAUGCAGACACUCCUAAAUUGGAUGUAGUGGAGAAAACUAUAGUUAAACCUGUAGAGGUACCAUUGAAGACACAUGCAGACAUUCCUAAAACGGAUGUAGUGGAGAAACCUAUAGAGGAACCGUUGAAGACACAUGCAGACACUCCUAAAACGGACGUAGUGGAGAUACCUGUUGAAGAACCACUGAAGACGCAUGCUUACACUCCUAAAAUGUAUGUAGUGGACAAUAUAGUUAAACCUGUAGAGGAACCACUGAAGACACCUACAGAUGUUCCUGUAAAGAACAUAGUUGAGAAACCUGCAGAGGAAUCACUGAAGACACACACAGAGACUCCUGUAGAGGGAACAAGGAAGACACCUGUAGAUGGAGCUUCAACAGAUCAAACACUAUCCAGUGGAGUGCUGCAGGAGAAAGCAGUCAAAACCCUACAUGAGAACCCAGCAAAGCCUUCAGGUACACUGACUACAGAGAAUCAAGAAGAUGAUACAGUUGAACAAGUCUCAAUAGCACAUGCACCUGUAGUUGAGGCUCCACUCGAACCCAGACAAGCAGAAAACCAGCCUACAAGUGAACAUGGGGAACUUUCACUAGUAUCUGCUCUGGAAACUCCAACUACAGAGUCAUCAACUAGAUCAACUACAGAACCGACCGAAGAACCCCGUCUGGCAGCCCUGGAAGAGAACCACAGACUGAACAGUCAAGCUGAAUUGAAUGUCAAAGGUAAAACCAUGUGUUCCUUCUGCAAGCUGCCCAUAGAUGGAAAUGUGAAAAUCUCCAUCAACAUUCCUGCCAUUUGCUGCCAUCCGGAUUGUUUCAAGUGUAAUGGUUGCAGCAGUCCUCUGGAUGAUCUCUCUUCAUCUAUGUACCACUAUGCUGGGAAAAUCCUCUGCGAGAAAUGCUUUGAUCAAAUCUUCCAGCUCUGAUGACUCAUCCUACUGCAAACCUACUCCACAACAACUUAUCACCAUGACACCCAAGCACAUCUCAGUGUCUACCAGCAAGUUUGCUGUAAUUCAGCACUAAUUUAAAAAAAAAAAUCAGUCUUUAUCAGUAGAGGAACUGCUGUCGUAGGGUUAUUGCACAUAAAUUCAACACCAUUUUUCAUUAAAUGGUCGUGCUGUGUGUGCAUGUCUUCCUAUAUACUGACAAAAUUCCCCAUGGGGUUUAAUAAAGUAUUUCUCUCUUUCUGAUCAAUAUAUUCCUUGUG